GUGGGCCCUGGAAGAGACACCCGCAGCUGACACCUGCGGGGCCCAGCACCCCUCCGCGCCCACCCCUGGGAAGGGCGCUCGCUCUCCGCAGCAGGGCAAGGAGGGCGGCCCAGCCGGCCCGGCCCCCACGGCCGCCUAGCCUUUGCCCCCCUGUGGGCUGGGCACACAGCCAGCAGCAGGCACUGCCCCCCCCCCCGUCUCUGCUUACACGAAGCCCGGGGGGGGAUUCCCGGCAGCUUAGUCCGGGCUUUGGCUUCCUCGAGAGGCUGCCAGGAGCCGGGGCGCGGCGGGCAGCAGGCCUGGCGGCCCCCGAGAGCCCUCGCCAGGCACCGCUGCUGCUGCUGCUGCGACCCGCGCGCCGGGCGGGCUGGCACCCCCCGAGCCGGAGGAGGGCACGCGCGGGCGGGGCGGGGCCACAGCGGCGAGGAAGCGGAAGCAACCGGCUGCUGCCCCGCCGCCCUCCCCGAGCACCCCCAGACCCGCCGCCCCGGGAGCCGGGGCCCCACGGCGGGAGGGGGGCCAGGCUGGGCGCGGGGGCGGGGGGAGUACUCACAGCAGGAUCUCCUGUUUGGUCAGGAAGGUCAGCUCCUGCGGGGGGGGGAGAUGGGGGGAGGAGGGGGGGUCAGUGGUCCGCCGGCGGGAGGAGAGCCAGAGCGGCCGGCGGUGGCGGCGCACUCACCGCGGCUCUGCUGCGAUCCCGCCGCCCCCGGUGGGGCAUGCAGGGCGCAGGGCAGCCCCCACCCCGGACCCCGGACCCCGAGGCGGGGGGGCAGCUCCUCCCCCCCUCUCCUCCCCCGAGGGAGGCCCCUGCGCGCCGGCCCCCCACCUGGUACUCCCCCAGGAGAUCGCGGGGCAGGCGGCUGCCCGACCCCCCCAUGGCGCCUCGAGCGGACCCGACCCGGCACUUCCGCGUCUCCUCCUCUUCCUCCUCCGCCCCCUCCCCGCCCCAACACGUCACCGUUGCCAGGCAACCGCUCCCCGGCCGCGGCCGCCCCUUAAAGAGACAGGGGGCCCGUGGGACUCCCCGCCACUGCCGCGUUGGAGCAGCGCUUCGCGUGACGUGAGACUGAGACGGGUCGCCCCCUGGUGGCUUUCGGAGACUCUCCCACGACAGAGCGGGCGCGGGACGCUGACCCCCCCCCAGGCCCCGCAGCGGGGGCGAGGAUGCACGUGUGCCAGGGCGAGCAGGAUCGGGGCGCAGCCGCUGCCCGGCGGCGGCGCUGCAGAGGAGCCGCCUCCGCCUCCAGUGAGGCCACCAUGGGCUGCCAGCCAAGCCCUGAGCGACCCCUUGCAGAGGCCUUUGUCUACCACGAAGAAGACCUUUUGCUGCAUGGGGUGGCGUGGCAAGGAGAGAGGUCUGUUGAGCUGGCCGGCCACGCUCCGUCCCACUUUGACCAGGCUCUGCAGUCCACCUGGGAGGACAGACUGAAUCGGGGCCUCUUCCGCUACCGCUUGGGGGUGCUGCCGACCCGGAUCCUGCCCGGGGAUGUCGGGUUUGUGGCCCAGCUGAACAUCCAGAGGGGCGCGGAGAGGAGAGCACCCCAGGAGAUCCACAGCGUCCAGCAGAGCUUCGACCCCCAGCGCUUUGGCUUCAGCCAGAUCAGGCCUGAAGAGGUUCUCUUCCGCAUGGCCAAAGGCUGCACCACCCCCUCCGUGCCCCAGGUGGGGGGUCCUGGGCCCUGGGCCGGCCCCGCCUGGGUCCUCGUGGUGAUCAACGUCAGUCCUCUGGAGUUUGGGCACGUCCUCCUGGUCCCGGACCCCGCUCUCUGCUUGCCUCAGGUCCUCACCGCAGAGGCCCUUGCCUUUGGCCUGGAAGCCGUCCUCCUCAGCAGCCACCCUGGCUUCCGCGUGGGGUUCAACAGCCUGGGGGGCUUUGCUUCUGUCAACCACCUGCACCUGCAUGGCUUCUACCUGGACUGGGAGCUGCUGGCCGAGUCGGCCCCCUGCCAGCCCCUCUUGCCCCCAGCGGGCCUGUUCCUGCUGCGGGAGUUCCCGGCCCCGGCCUUCCUCUUCUACAGCCAGGGGGGGCGGCUGGAGGGGCUGGCGCGCCGCAUCUGCCAGGUCACCACCUUCUUGGUCCGGAAGGAGGUGGCCCACAACCUCUUUGUGACUCGAGGCGCUCCGCCCGAGGGCCCCGCUCGCUCUCCAGCUCGGCCGGGCCUUCGCAUCCUGCUCUGGGCCCGCAAAGCCUGCUUCGGGGCCAAAGAAGAGGCUGCCUUCAACGUGGCACUCUGUGAGCUGGCAGGGCACCUGCCUGUCAAAAGCGCCGAGGAAUUUGAGGGCCUCACAGAGGCAUCUGCCAUCCACACAAUCCAAAAAUACCUCCUCCCAGAGCCUCAGUUUGCCCAGCUCCAGAGGGAGCUGGUGGCCCUCCUCCAAGAGUGACCUCUGCCUCCUCCCCCUGCCCCAGACAUGCUGCCGCCACUGGAGCUUGUUCUUCAUAGGGGAGCCCCCCGCCAGGCACAACAAAUACGGCCGAGGACAUGCCAGGUUAUUGCUGGUCAAUAAAACUGAACACUCCGCUGGA